UGAACUUAAACCUCAUUAUAAUCCUUGGAGCAUUUUCUGGACAUAUUGUUGCGCUUCCGCGAACUGGCCCAAGAUGCCUCGUGCAAUCAGAGGCGUUCUUAUCGAGUGCGAUCCUUCGAUCAAGUCCAUCAUCGUCAGCAUCGACAGUGCUAACCAUGACUACAUCAUUGAGGAUCUCGAUGAUGAACGCGUGGUUGUGAAAGAGACCAUGGUCUCAACGCUCAAGCAUAAGCUCGAAGAAGUACGUUCGAUUGCUAGCAUCAUCUUCACCCAAGCUACUUGCGACUGGAAAUGGGCUUUGUUUGAUUGACACAUUCCCAGCGACUCAAAGAAAACCUUCCUCCUGAAGAAGAAUCCGGCUCUGAGUAAGCUUCAAGCAUGUGCAACCACUGAACUAUAUACACAAUUUCAUACCCGAACGACGUGCGUCUAUGAUCCUCUCAAACUCCUAAACUACAACUUCUCAAACCUCGGCUUCGUCUUCUUCAAUCCACUCAUCAACGCCAACGAAAAGUCCUUGCCUUGCACAGCCGCUGCAUUCCAUACUUGCGUAUACCUCAAGCUCUCAGCAACAGUAUGAUCCCUGCCGUGGUUGAGCAGCUCCUUCGUUCCCUGUACAGCAACAGGGCUCUUGUCAGCAAGUGUGGUUGCCAGAGCCACAGCAGCCUGCACAGCCGCCUGUUUGCCCUCGUGAACCUGGCUCACAAAUCCUACUGACAAUGCUUCCUGUGCUGAGAAGUCUCGGGCCGUGAGACAAACGUCCUUAACCCAUGAUGUUGAGCCAACGAGCUUGGGCAGACGUGCCAGGGUUCCGAUAUCAGCGGCCAUGCCAAUGUCAACUUCCUUGACAGCGAAGCGUGUGUUGGAGGCGCAGAUGCGGAUGUCAGCGCAGCAGGCGAUAUCAAUAGCAAGGCCAAUAGAAACACCAUGAAGCACGCAAAUGACAGCUGUAAAUUUAAUCCCACAUAUAAGUAAUUCAUCUUAACAAAUCGUUGGACGAGUGACACUUACGUUUCUCGCACUUCUCCAUAGCACCAAUCGAGUCCUGAAACUCCUCAAUGUGGUUUCUCACUACCUUUGCCUUUUUGGCGAUAUCCGCCUGAGAACCAAAGAGGAUUCCAUCACUAGACGCAGACUGCACGUCCAAGCCUGCGGUAAAGGCUCGAUCGCCAGCGCCGCUGACUACAACAGCACGGACGUCUUCAUCACCGCUGAGCUGCUUGAAGACACGUCCAAACUCAAGCCAUAGUUCUUGAGUAAAGGCGUUGAGCUUCUGGGGUCGGUUUAUCUCGACAUGAGCGACGAAAGGGUUUGGUGAGCUGACAAUUAUGUUUUUGUAAGAUGUGUAAGCGGGGAGAGGUGUGGUGGAAGACAUUGUGUGGGCUUUUAACUCAAUUGCGAUUACGUUGAAAAGAGAAGAAUAUGAAUGGUAUUGUAAGAAGAGUACUUAUAAGGGAUGAAAGAAUCUCGGGGCUAAACUGUCCCAUGGGGUAGCUUGAUCUUGGCUGCGACAAAGCCCAUGUAAGAGGUGGGCUACUGAUGGAGAUGCCGAGGUUCCCACCAAUUCUAGCCAGGCUCUACGGCUAACUCCAACUCACGUGCGAUAUGAUUAACCGUUGCAAAAGUGCCUACAAAUAACCUUGUAGGAUACGAGUAUACCGUGUACACCAUCGAGGCAGAGGAUAUUCGUAUCGAGUUUAAUGAAAGUCUAUUGAAUGUGCUUCCGCACCAAAUCCUUUUAGCUGAAACGACAAAGGCGAUAACCGCCCAGAUAGCAUUAUAAUCAUUUCCGGGUCGUCUGCCCUGCCUGGGCUAGACGCCAAUGCUCCUGUUGAAAAAAUACGAACCCGGCGUGUCCAGCGCAGCGCGCCUAACUAAUCAAGCGCUCUCCCCCCUACAUCUUGUGCCUAUCAUGAAAACCAAGAGGGGGGCCUAAAUCAUAACUCUGACCAGAAGGCAAUCCCCACACUAACAAGGAAAACAAAUAAAGAGACGGCACGCCUGCCAUCUACAGCAAAAGGGUUCCGACGAGGGUGAAGAGAGUGGCGGCAGCGGAGACGUACAGGGCACCGAAGCCAAGGCUAGCAGCGCCGCUGUCAUCACCAUCAUCACCAGAGGCAGAGGCCGAACCUGUGGAUGUGGAAGAGCCC